UACCGUUCUCGCUCUGUGCAUAUUUUGGUGAAAGUGGUGAGUGCUGGACUUGAACUCUGCACAUGUUAAGGUGACGAACCUUGAACCCUAACCUUGCGCUGGGACGUAGCUAAAAGGUUAUGCAGACGUCCAUAAUCUGAUCGAGGUUUAGUCUAGUUUCAAAGUACUUGUACACGGACUGCACUCUCCGUUGACCUCCUCAGCAUGUCUGCCCUCAUUCUCGUCACCGGAGGCACUGGUCUCGUCGGUCAAGCUAUCAAAUAUGUUAUCGAGACCGAGCCCGAGGGUUCACGGUUUGGCAAGAAACCCGGCGAGAAAUGGAUCUUCGCCUCUUCAUCUGAAGGUGAUCUGAGGGAUGCAGAACAAACCAAGAAGUUGUUUGAAAAAUACAAACCCACUCAUGUCAUUCAUCUUGCUGCACUCGUUGGUGGACUCUUCAAGAAUAUGAAAUACAAGGCGACCUUCCUCCGUGAUAAUACCCUGAUCAACGACAACGUUCUACACACUUCGCACCUCACAGGUGUUACGAAGCUCAUUUCGUGUCUAUCAACAUGCGUGUACCCCGACAAGGUGGAAUACCCUCUAGACGAGACCAAGAUCCACUUAGGCUUGCCUCACGAAAGUAACUUCGGUUAUGCCCAUGCGAAGCGAAUGGUCGACAUUGCCAACCAUGCGUACAAAGACCAGUUCGGUUCCAACUUCACAUCCGCGAUUCCCACAAACGUCUUUGGACCUCAUGACAACUUUGAUUUGGAGGAUGCACAUGUCAUCCCCGCCCUCCUGCACAAAUGUUACUUGUCGAAGAAGAACGGUACCCCCUUCAUCGUCGGUGGCACUGGCAAACCCUUACGUCAAUUCAUCUACUCUCGCGACCUUGCCAAGCUCUUUAUCUGGCAAUUAAGAGAAUACGACGAUGUCGAGCCUAUCAUAUUCUCUGUUGGCGAGGACGAGGAAGUCAGCAUCAAACAAGUCACCGAUGCCAUCGUCAAAGCGAUGGACUUCAAAGGUGAAUACACGUUCGACACCACCAAGGCGGACGGCCAGUUCCGCAAGCCCGCUUCCAACAAGAAGCUGCUCAGCUUGAUCGGCGAUUUCCAGUUCACACCAUUCGAGAAGGCACUUGAUGAGACUGUCAAGUGGUUCUUGGAGAACUAUGAUACCGCUAGGACAGGGAAGAACAGGAAGACCACAUAGAGGACAUCUAGCGGUAGGUUAGAAGCGUUUCAUUGCCUCAUCCACAGAUAUUCUUUGUCCCUGCUAUCGCCCCUGCGUAGACGAUAUAUACCAGAUAGCUGAAGCACAUGUGGAUGAUGAGAACGUAUUUUGUACCAAAAUGAUAUCAUCUGCAUGUCCAAGAGUCCAGAACGUGCAUGGAAAGGGGAACAACUCUCAACCACCAUACAACCUUAUUCCUCAAGCUUGGCAUUGACAUCAGGGUCAUAUUUCCCCUCCUGGCCGGCAACGACCACCGUAGACCCAACAGACAUAGACGAGUUACUCCUCUCCUCGUGCUCAUCCUGAGCGUCUUCAUCCUUCUCUUCUGCUUGCGGCGUUGAUGUGGCUUCGUCCUCUUCCACAUCAGGUUCAACAGAUUCAGACUUGAGGUCUUUGGGCGCAUAUACGCGGCUUCUUGUUUCUUGAGCCCAUUCGGUGACACCACCGCGUGGACCAUUGCUUCGAACGAGGAAGAUAAGACGGAGAGCUAGUAGACUGCCGAGAACGGCCAUUGUCAGGAAUACGGAAACGAAGAAGAGAAUGAUGAGGGUGAUUGCGAGGAUGAACCCUAGGUGACAUGAGGGUUAGUCGGCGAAGUUAUAACCUGACACGCAGAGAGAGGCACGAACCGAAGACCGUUAUAGCUGCUGCAGACACUGCAAGUGCGGUGGCUAAGGCAAAGAAUAAGGACGAGCCGAGCACGAAGAGGGAGAAUCCGCUGUAGGAGGAGCGUCUUCUUAAUGACAUGGAAAGCGUGAUUAUAGGAUAUUGGGACUCACAUGAAAGCAACGAAAGGCAGGAAGCUUAGCAAGGCGAAGGUAGACAAGAAAGUCUGGUAAUAGAGAGAAGAAGAGAAGCAUUCGCUUAAAUGUCAUUCCCAAACCCUCGAGCAGCGACAGUAACACUUACUGAAUGAAGAGGUUUUGUUUG